GCACCCUCGAUACAGUGAUCUCGAAGCUCCUCGUCACGUUUAGCAACCAUUUUGUUCAUGGUGCAGUUAUUCGAAGCUGUAGAGCUAUCUUCCUCUGUGUUUACGUCCCGAAAAGAGCUGAGAAGAUGGCAUCACUCGGAUAACAGUUACGGAGUCGAUUAUAUAUAUAUGAAUUCGAUAUUCCCAUAGGUUUUGGUUAACUCGAUAAACUCAAAGAUAAACUGUCUCAAGUGCAGUUUGUUUUUCUAGUGUUUUUUAGGUCGUCAGACUGAAAAAGCUCAAGUGCUAGGUUUAGCAAGCUAACUGGCUAGUUAGCUAACUUGCUAGUGGCGAAAUGGCGGCGAAUACAACGCAGUCAGCACCUCCAGCUAACUGGCCAUUUUCUGGUGCCCCAGGCACAGACACCCCUGUACAUGAGAACCCAGAGUGGGAGAAGGCCAGGCAGGCCCUGGCCUCCAUCAGUAAGAGCCAGAAAACAACUAAAGCCGCUCAGGCAAACCGCCCAAACGUACAGGCUGGGCAGUAUCAGCCCUCUGCAACUGAUCCAGCUGCACUUCAGCAGCAACAACAACAGCAGCAGCAACAACAACAACAGCAGCAACAGUAUUUCCAGUGGUACCAACAGAACCAGCAGCAGCAGCAGCAGCAGCAGCAGCAGCAGUACGGCGGGUAUACAUACCCAUACAACUACUACUACCCUCCCAUGGCUCCGUAUGGUGGAGGUUAUCCUCAAGGUCAGUAUGGUGUUCCCGGGCCGUACCAGCCACCCACCACCCCAGCUGGACAGCCUCCUGUCAUGCCCAUGAUGGAAGACCAGUCUUCCAGUUACCCUUCCCAGCCCCAGCCCCCUCUGCCCUCUGCCCCCCAGCCCCCUCCUCAAAGCCCUACCAACUCAGACAAGCCCCCUCCCCCUCCACCCCCUACUGCCCCCCCUCCUCCCAACUCCCAGUACCCUCAACCACCGUCCCAAUCCCCUUACACUCCCAACGGAGCCAUGCCCUACCAAGGGAACUACAACCACAACCAGCCUCGCUAUGGCCAGGGCUACCAGGGCCAGGGCUACCAGGCCUCCCAGCCAAACACACAGCAGCAGGCCCCCCAACCAGGACCGUACGGAGGCGCAGGAAGGGGUGAAGGAGCCAAGAAGCCCAACAAUCUUAAUAAUGUCAUCAAAGGAGGACAGCCACUCUGGCAGCGAAUGAAACAGUCUCCUGGAGCUGGAGCAGUUAAGUUCAACAUUCAAAAACGCCCAUACGCUUUGACCGAUCAGAACUUCCCGGCAGGCGAACAAGACCCGGCAUUGGCUGCCGCCACGGGAACGGUUGCGUCAGUUACUACUGCGGUCACGGCCACAGCUGCAGGAGGUGUUCAGAAAGGGCCUCAGGACUGGCCCCAGGCCAUGAAGGAGUACGUGCAGCGCUGCUUCACUGCCUGUGAGUCCGAGGAGGACAAGGACCGCACUGAGAGAACGCUGAAGGAGGUCCUGCAGAAUCGCCUGCAGGACGGCUCAGCCUACACUAUUGACUGGACCAGAGAGCCGCUGCCAGAGCUGAAGACCAAGCAGUCCCGCUGGGAGGCCGUGACCCCUCAGCGCAACCAGGACAUGUCCAUGGGCAGAGGUGGAGCCACACGAGGUCGUGGGGCCGCAGCCCGUCUGGGGCACUACAGGAAUGUGUUCACCCAGAGAAGCCCCUCCUCCAGCUCCUCGCGCUCCUCCUCCCGGUCGCCCUCCCCCUCACACGGUCGCCAUCGUGACCGAGACAGGGGAGACCGACGCAGACGCAGUGACUCAGAUUCCCAGUCUGACAGCAGCUUUUCCAGCGACCGGCCGCAAAUCUCCCGCCGGAACCAGAAAGGUGGGCGAGGUCGCGGAAAUGAUCGGGAUCGGGGCCGAGGUGGCGAUAGAGGAAGAGGAAGAGGAGGGAGAGCCAACAGAGGAAGGAGAAACAAUGAUGACUCCACUGGGAUGGGCAAGAAGCGGAAAGGCGGGAACGCUGGCCUGGACUUCCAUGACCCCAUGCGGGAGGCCAAGAAGCAGAGCCGUGCAGCACGCUUCCAAUCCAAACUGCGCUCAGAGCCACUGGUGCUGAACAUCAACUCCAUAGAUAUGCCCAACGCCACUCAGGAGGGACUCAGCUGGGAGGACUGCCCAAUUGUGGGCACCUGCCAGGACAUCACCAAAAUCUACCUGCGCCUCACCUGCGCCCCAGACCCCUCCACCGUCAGACCUGUGUCGGUUCUGAGAAGGUCUUUGCCUGCAGUAAAAGCCCACUGGAAGACUAAACAGGAUUACCAGUAUGCCUGUGAACAGAUGAAGUCCAUUCGACAGGACCUCACAGUUCAGGGUGUGAGGACAGACUUCACUGUCGAGGUCUACGAAACCCACGCCCGCAUCGCCCUCGAGAAGGGUGACCACGAGGAGUUCAACCAGUGCCAGACGCAGCUGAAGGCUCUCUACAAGGACUGCCCUUCGGAGAACCUGGGAGAGUUUACUGCCUACCGCCUGCUCUACUAUAUCUUCACGAGAAACUCUGGAGACCUGACGACUGAACUGGUGACCCUGACCCCUGCUCUACGAGAGGACUCUUAUGUGUCUCAUGCUCUAGCGCUCCGUGCUGCCUGGGCCCUAGGAAACUACCACCGCUUCUUCCUGCUCUACCGGAAAGCCCCGCGCAUGGCGCCUUACCUCAUCGACAAGUUUUUAGAAAGAGAGAGGAAGCUGGCACUCGUAGCCAUACUCAAAACAUUCAGACCCACAGUACCGGUGGAGUAUGUCCAGUCUAGCCUGGCCUUUGAUUCUUUAGACACAUGCCAGGCCUUUCUGACGAGUCUUGGGGUGUCUUACCUGCUCUCUGACCCCACUAUGAUAGACUGCAAAGCCAGUUUUCCCUGUGUGGCUGCUUCCUGAUCUAGGGGGCUUUUGGGGAAUGGGAUCCUGGGAGGGGGGGAAUAAGAGCGCUUUCACAAGAAGAGAUGGCAAGGCUAUAAAAGGGACCUAGUUCAGCACUGCCUAAGCCUGGAGGGACGUAGUCUCACACACAAGUACACACAGAGCUAUGGUUAGACAGACUCUUCAUCAUCAUUGUUAGAAUGGUAUAGACAAAACCUAGCUCUCACCUGCCAACAUCUUAGAUACAUCAGACACCUUCAUUAUUGCUAAGAGGAAUCAUAGGACACUCCCUGACAGCAGUGACUUCAUAUACUCACAGUGACCCACUCAGACUGAUGAGCAUAGCAUAGGCCCAUGCACUCAAGAACACUCAAGUUCUCCCAGUCUUAGAGCUUGUACACGAGGUCAGCCCAGCAGACAGGCAGCCAGAGGCAGGGUAGUCUCAGGGUCCCCCAGGUCACAGCCCUCCUAGAAAAACUAUCACUAAGCUAACAGUGUUUUGUUCUCAUGUUUUUUUCUUCCCCCCUCAAGCCAGCAGCCUCAAAGCUCAAGAGAAGACAAAAGUCCUCCAAAGCCCAAAGAAAGAAAAGCUCAAGAGAAGAGUUCUGGUGAAAUCCAUGUCCUGUUUCCUGUUGGCGAUGUGGUCCAUGUGUCCAGCCUAAAGAGACUUACACUCUUGCCCCACAGUGCUUGCAGGGAUCUCCAGCAGCAGUCCAGGAGCCCGUGUGAAGAAGAUGGUGGUUUGUAUGCCCUAACCUGCCCCACACACCCCGUCAGGGAUGUCUGCAGUGUACCCAACGCCAUGUAAUGAUGGGGUGUGGGGGGGAUAUCGUCUUUUCUCACCCUCCCCUCCACUGUGCCCCCCCGCGCCCCCCCCCCAAUUCCUCUGCCCUGUGAAGCUGUUUGUUGACUGAGAAAGCCAAGAGGCUUGAAGCUAGCCCCUGGUGCUAGUGGGCCAUGCCUGGUGCAAGAGCCUCUUCUCCACCCAGUCACCAGGGAUCACAGCUUGAGGAAAUUUGGUGUUGAUCACUCGCUCAUCCACCUCCCACUCCCCUAAUUAAAGUGAGCUAGUGUAGCCGUGUCACACAGCUGGUGCUAGGCAUUGACUUUGUAAUGGAUGAAGUGUGCCCUUUGUUACGGGGACAACUUCCCCCCGUUCACAUGCUCGCACACACGCAGCCACCCGGCCACUUAUGCUUAAAGCCCUUACCGAUGCCGCAAUCAUUUAGGAGCAGUUCUUCGCCCACCCUCGACCUGCUGCAAGUCGUCGUAGGCCACAGUCCUAGCCAGUGUGUUCAGGCUUAUCUCCACCCCUCGCGUUAAGAUGGCAGCCCAAGUUUUCCACCCAUGUAGAAGAUGGAUGUCGCUUGCCGCCCUUCGGAAGUGGCAGCUGCCCGAUAGUUCCCCCGUGGCAGUUGACGGCCGCGGCUCUCCAUGAUGGCGGCCUCCAGGCUACCAGCCCCGCCAUUACCCAGAUGGCCCCAGGCGUGGUUCACCCCUGUGUGCUGGUGCGGGUGCCGGUAGCUGCUGUCCAUCACCAGGCCACCACUCGCCCAGAUGGUGGUUGUUCCAGAUCCAGGCACAAGCUGGAAGGCUUUGGGUUUGUAUGUAUGUGCUGCUGCUACACAUAACACCUCCCCCAUGUCCAAAGGCUGAUCACGUGUGCAUGUCUGGUAAGAGAAAAAGGGACUGUGCUGGCUGAAAGGAGAGGAAUGGAUGAUGACGCAGCAAGUAUUCUGAUGUGCUCGUGCUGUUUUUAAACUUGUUUGCGUAUGCACACUGUCAGAAUUUCUAAUCAAAUGUUUAACUGUUUUCAGAGUCUAAAUGUUGCCCACAAGGAAAAUGCAGUAUUAACGCUUGCCAGUCUUAAAACAAUAUUUUCUAAAUUAAAACCUGAUACAUUUUUGCAUUCAGUAAAAUUGAUUAAUUCAGAAGACCAGAAUACUGGACCUAGUCUUACACCAAAAUAUCUGUCUCUGGAUGCAGGAUUAAUUAUGGGUAGACUGGUUCAGGCUCAGAGAAGAGUGUGUAAAGACCAGUGUUGUUAUCCAACAUUUAACAUUUUGAUCUUGUCAGUUUCUCAUGAAGUAAGGUUGUAGUGGUUUGUCUAUUUUGCUUAUUUGAGAUUAUUUUGGUGAAUUCUGGACAGUGUUUCUUUUAAGAAUGUUAAUGAGCUGUAAACAAUCUGCUGGUCAAUUGGGUCUGAAGCUUUAAAUGUGUCCCUCACCCAUAGUUCAUCUUUCAUUCAGUGCCAUGUUGCCAACAGCAUUGUUGGCCACGUAGAUUCGGACUGUCGCAACCCCCUCUCCACAGGCUGUAGAAGUGUAAAUAGUGUACAGAAUGUUUUUCUUUACAUUUUCUUUCUUUUCGUAUUUUAAUUUGUACUUUUUUCUUCUCUUUUUUUUUUUUUAGUGGGUAAGUGUAUGUGUGAAGCAGAAUGAAGUAACAAUCUGUGCUUUGGUGUGUCAGCCCAGACGCAGCUGCUCUCUUUUUGGUGUAAAGUAAACAGUUCAUCUCAGGCUUCAUAUUUCAUUGUCAGUAAUGAUGAACAGAGAUGGCUGAGCUGCUGCUGGUCUGAAGUACCAAACAGAGAUUGUGCUUGCUAGGGCUCCAGGCAGCCUGUAGAUGACUCAUGUGACAGGUCUCAGUGAGUGUUGAAACGGUAAUACAGUCAAAGCUGAUCCUGCCCCUCAUGAAUAAUGUUGACUAGAGGUCAACCUGCAGUACGCCUAGCAAAUAAUGCCACCCAACAGACUAACUUUUCUUUACAGGGAUUGUAAUAAAGUAUUGUUUUUCCUCAAUAAACCAAAUCUUUUUCUUGUCCUUUUAAAAAAAGCUAGCUUUGUUUAGUAGCAUGCUGUCACCCCUCACCCGCGUCUGUAAUGCCACCGAGACAUUCCAUAUCACUCCGCUUGUUAUUCUAUACCUGAUCCUUUCUGUAAGCGUUUCUCUUUCUUUUUUUCUAGUUUAAUAGAGGCUCUCAUGGUAUCUGUUGAUUUCUUGAUUAUCCAUCAAACUUUAGGAGCUUUGAGUUUUAAGGUAUGGUUCACAGACUGGCAAGAGAAAGAUUUGGUUUAAUGCUACCAAACAAGCACCUGCUGUUGCUUCUCUCUGUCUAGAUGCAUUUGAUAAUUACACAGAUGUGUUGGUGGAUUGUUCCAUCCUGAUCCAUUCAUCUCCAUGUUGAGUGCAAAUGGCAGUCACUGAAAAGAAAAAAAAAAUCACUCCUUGAUAAGUAACACAAUGAGAAUGCGUUUGGAAAAGACUUGAACUAUUUCUGUCCCUACCUACCUUGGUGGCAUUUGAUCCAUGAGACAAUUUUGUCACAAUGACACAAAUUGGGAGUAGUACUCGUUUCUUUUGGGGGUAUUUUUUUGUUAGGAAAACAUACCCAUCAAUAUUGUGUAACUUUGCAGGAGCAGUUAUGUUGUUUUUCUUUUCUUUUGUUUUCAUUGUACAUUUGAAAUGUGAGUGCAUUGCAAAGAUAGUUGUACUCUGUGUUCUUGUCUUAUGGCUUCUACCCUUUUCUCUAUCUGUGUUCUUUUCUCUCUCCCAUCCAUUUUCCCUGAUGUUUUACUGACUACAAGAUUGUUCUGUCUCUGCAGUUUUCUGCAUUUUGGGAGCAGAAGGAGGUUCUGAAAUUAAAGGGGGAGAAUGCGGUGAAAACUGGAGAAAGCGGUGGGCACUGGAAGACUUGCACCAACAGCUUAUGUCUCUGCCAUGUUCUCAGCCUAAUCAAUAAAUGCCUCUGCACGUGAAGAUUGAGUUUUGGUUAAUGUUAGCCAUCAACUGUCUGUGUUGUGUUUUUAUCUCAUUUCCAACUAAAACACUACAUUCUCCUAGCCAGUCAGUAACCAAGACUGCCAGUUAACAGCCAGCUACUGUUGUUUACCUGUAGCUUCAAGACAUGGAUUUAAACUAAGGAAUACUCUCACUAUAAAUCUAUUAAUUUCCCAAUGUGUGUGUUUUCUUUCAAUCUGACAAGGGGUUUACUGUUUGUUCAGAAAUAUCUGCAUCCAUUGUUUGGUUUUCUUUCUUUCUUUUUUUUUUGCCCAGCCCUUCUGGUAGUAUUUUGCCAUUCUUGUUAGUUCAUUAGUUAAUACAGUAACUAGCUUAAUUGAGAAGUUAAAAUAUUAAGUGGUGAACUUCACUAAGUUAAAGGAAAUGAAGACAUUGAUUUGGUUUUUUAGAAACGCAAUGGAUCUGGACAUGCAGUAACUCUACAGAUGUUAAAGUUGAGAUGUUUCCUUUUAUCAUGAUAAGCUACAUUUAAUUACUCAGAAGCUCCUCUUUAUUUUCUGUUGGCAGAAUGUCAGAAAUAUAGCUUUUUAUUUAUUUUCUGUAGUUGGUUGUUGUCUGUAAUUGUGCUCUGUGACAUUAACUCCGUCAGUCUGCCACUCCCCAGCUAAACACGAUUCUAAUGCAUUUGGAACAGACCCACUGUUCUUACCCAGCCUUGCCCACUGUUUUAUCUGUUUUAUUUUUUUACCCCUCGGUGAAAUGCUUACAUUCAGUACCUUUUGUAUUUCCCUCUUUCAUGCCAUUAUUGCUGUCAACAUGGUGAAAUUAAUCCAUCUGCCAUUGACUAACAGCACUGAUCCUCCCUGGAGAUUUAGGUGAAGCUUCUUUCGGCCCCUGUCAUCACUGUUUUAACCCCAUUCUUCCACGUUGUCCCCCCCCCUUUUUUUUUUUCCUGCUCAGCGGUGUUUUGUUAGUAGUUUUGGCCAAGCAUCUUAACCGGCAUGCCUAGUCAUGUGAAUGUUCUUGUCCGUGUCCCUUUCUUCGCCCCAUUUUUUUUUUCUCUUUCUUGCUUUCUGUUACUUCCUCAUUCUUUCUCUGUCUUCAUGCUGAUUUUGAGCCUGUGUGCUAUCAUCUUUCCUUUCCUCUCCUCCCUCUCCUUCCACUCUGUGGAGUAUGUGUUGAGUAGUCUUUGCUGAACUGUAUGUUGGUACUACUAGCACAUUCUCUCAGUAGUAAGUAUGGCAUUUGUGCUGCUUUGGUCCCGUUUCUCUUGCAGCUGACUCCAUGGAACUCGUGAGGAUGUUCUUAUUCCCACGGGGAAACAUGUAUGUCUAACUCCUUUGAUCCUCCUCCUUAUUUGGAUAUUUUUUCUUGCUGUUUUUUGUAAAUAUUAAUGUACUGUACAUAUGUACUUACGUUCUUCAAAAAUAAGAAAUAAAGGAAAUUUAGAACAUA